GCUGAUGUGAUGUAAAAAUGGACCAAAAUCUAAUAAAGACUUAAAGGAGUUCUGAAGGCAAAAGGCGGUUAGCAGGGUGUAACUAAUGAAGUGGCAGGUAAGUAUAUUUGCAGACGUGCUCCUAAAUAGUCGCAUGCGUCCAGUUUUAAUCUCAGAUAUGAGUGAAACGCUUGCGCUGUUGAGUUCUGCAUGACGGACUUUUUCCUCUUCAGCCUGUUUGCUUCAUGUGUUGAAUCAUAAACAUGAUUGGUGGAAACAGGUUAACAGCCCAGCAGCUACCUAACAAGUUACCUGACAUAUUUACUUAGUGGCCGUCAUCGUGUCAUACCUGUAACAGUAUACCUGCUCGUGAGAAGUUUUCCGUCAUCUCAUUAGUAACCUGUGGUUUGUUCCUGCAGAUUUGCCACAGCAGCGUGUCUGUGAUGACAAGGAGGUUCUCACAGACCAGCAGGUCUUUAACCAGGAAUGGAACUUCAGCCCAGACCAGAAGGACCCGGAGCCUCCACAGAUCACAGAGGAGCAGGCAGCAGUCGCUCUCUGUCACCAGGGAGAGCAGCUCGUACAGAACGAGGAGACUGACGCUGUUACGGUUCAGCCAUGUUUGGGUCCUCCUGCCCAUGAGCAGCCUAACACGGCUCCUGUUAAAGUCAUUGAUCUCAGCACAGAUUCUGAUUUGGCUCUGAAAACCAAAACCUUCACAGGGGCCUUCCUCCCUCCGCCUCCUGCUGGGAUGGGCGGAUGUCGCUGAGAUGUGUGGCCUUUGGUACGCUUGGGGGCUCGGAUCGAUCUCUGUCUGCCUCUGGCUCCUGGGAUGUUAUUGCAGUUUCCCACCCUCAUUAUCAAGUACAUUUGUGACAAAGACACGCACACUCUCACUCACUCUCUGUCUCUCACACACCACGAGAAGAUUGAUAAUUUAUGUAGCUGCGUAUUUUCUCCUUUUUGUGUUCCAGGUGCAGCAGUUGGCGAUAUAUUGUGCAUUUCUAGCCUUUUAUUACAUAUCCUAUCCUUCCCCCACGCUGCCUUAGACGCUGUCAUACUGUACACCACAAACAAUAUAAUAACUGAAAUAUAGAAAUUAACAAAGAAACAGAUGAAAGAUAUACAUGAACAAGAGGAGCCUAUAGAGAAUUUAUAGAGGUGGUUUUGGAAACGCAAAAUGUGUUUGGCACCAGAUUGUGUGUACGUGUGUGUGUGUUCAGUUUAGGGGGAGCUUUUAAUCUUUGGAUAUUGGAAAUACCGUUUUAAGCACACACUCCAGCCUGCGGGGGUCGCUGUUGCGAUGUUUUCUAGCCGACACAAAGAAGAGAGCUAAUCUAACGGCAGCAUCUAACGCGGCACUGAGAGGAUUCAGACUCAUUUUAUACACCUUUUCUCCAAACUGUGGAUAUUGAUACAGCUUAUAAAAGAAAUGUGACCAACGACUGAGUUUAAACCAGUGUUUAAAAUGUUAUGACGAAGUCGCUAUCUGCUAACGUCAGCUAGCCGCUUAGCUGGUUAGCUUUUGGUUGCCUGACAACGGAAGCCAAACAAACACCGCUAGCAGGUUAGCAGUGCUAAUCUGCUAAAGGUGCUAGGUUUUUACAUUUUCCACGCAAACGUGAAACUUGCAGGAUGGCUGAGGACGGCAGACGCGGCGACGAAGAGGACCGAGGGCCCGGAGCGGCUUACCGGGGGGUCGCAGUGAUGGAGAGCCUGCUGGAGAAGCUGAAUGCACUCAACUAUGAGGAGGAGGUUCUGGGCAAACACAACAUGAAGAACCUGUCCAGGCAUUACUUCGUCUCCAGUCCAUACCUGGCGUCUAACCCCGGCGAGCAGUUCUACAUGUUCACCAUCAUCGCAGCGUGGCUCAUCAAUGUGGCGGGGAGGCCGUUUACCGAGCCGCAGGAGUACGACGAACCCAACGCCACCGUGUCCAACAUCCUGGCAGAACUGCGGGCCUUUGGUGUUAAGGUGGACUUCCCGCCCUCCAAACUGAAGUCGGGCUCAGGCGAGUACGUCUGCUUCGUGCUGGACCGACUGGCUGAGGAGGCGCUCAGGAGGAGAGGCUUCACCUUCAGGAAGACAAACUACCCAUCAGAAAACACAGAAGAAGAGUCUGUGGUGGAGGACGACGCCGAGCUCACGCUCAGCAAAGUGGAGGAGGAGCUGAUCGAUGAAGGAGACGAGGAGGAGGAGAACGUGAUGGACCUGGAGGCUCUGAAGUUACGAAGCACUCACACUGAAGCUGAGACGUCCUCCAAACCCGACGAGAUCCUGGAGUCGACGGUCGACGCGACAGAGUGGAACCUGGAGGUGGAGCGAGUCCUGCCGCAGCUCAAAGUCACCAUCAGGACCGACAACAAGGACUGGAGGGUCCACGUGGACCAGAUGCACCAGCACAGAGACGGGAUCCAGUCCUCACUCAAGGAGGCCAAGAGUCACCUGGACAAGCUGCAGGAGGACAUCGGGAAGACGCUGGAGAAGGUGAGCAGCAGAGAGAAGUACAUCAACAACCAGCUGGAGCAUCUGAUCCAGGAGUACCGCAGCGCCCAGGCCAAACUCAGCAAGGCCAGAGAGCGCUACCAGCAGGCCAGCGGAGGAGUGACGGAGAGAACCAGAGUGCUGGCCGAGAUCAGCGAGGAGCUGGAGAAGGUGAAGCAGGAGAUGGAGGAGAAAGGCAGCAGCAUGUCUGACGGAGCUCCGGUGGUGAAAAUCAAGCAGAGCCUGACGAAGCUGAAGCAGGAGAUCAUUCAGAUGGACGUGCGGAUCGGCGUGGUGGAGCACACGCUGCUUCAGGCCAAACUCAAGGAGAAGUCCAACAUGACGCGAGACAUGCACGCCACCAACAUCCCCGAGCCCGCCGCCGGGCUGUUCGCCUAGCGCAGCAGCCUAGACCCGAAAAACCCGGCGAGGUCCGACUCCUCUAAAAGGACCUGAAAGGCUCAGGAAGCCGAAAAAUGUCUUCACAUCUAUUUAUAACCAACAUAUUUUUCCAUUUCCUGUGAUGGAUGUUUUUAUGUCUUUGAGGGAUUUUUAUAAACUUAAAGAAUUUCUCUGUUAAGCUCAAUGAUUCAAAUCCAUUAAUCGGAUUGACCACCAGAUGGCGCCAGAGUUGCAGAUAAAGGGCUUGUUAUUGAACUUUUAAAAGUAUAAUAAUCGAAGCAUAUUUGAAUCUUUAGUUAGCAUAGUUUUUAUUUUUCUACUAAAUAUUGUAAACACUAAAUAAAACCUUAAAAAACAGAAAAUCAA